ACCCAAAUACAUAGGCUAUCUGCUGUGAGGUUGAACAACUAGGUCAAACGCGGCAGCAGUAUUCCCCAGGAAAAGACCUGCGUAACCCUGACAUUGUUGGAGUGGAAAGCCCUGCGUAACCCUGACAUUGUUGGACUGUAUCCUCUAACAGCAGAUAUAACGCCUGCAUGUGGCGUAUUGUGGCAGUCUGAUUUACGCUUCUGCCUCAACUCCGAGACGCUACCCCUACCCUCACCUCCGCUCCCCCAAGUAUGAGCGUUGCCAAGUUGCCCGCAAUAGCUAUCCACGGAGGGGCAUGGGGUAUCCCAGAAAACCUGGCCGGGCCCAGCGUGGACGGGGUGCAGCGUGCAGCCCGGGCUGGGCACGACGUCCUCGCCGAGGGAGGGUCCGCCCUGGACGCCGUGGUGGCAGCUAUCUGCGUCAUGGAGGAUGACCCGGCCUUUGACGCAGGCACGGGGUCGGUGCUGACGCUGGACGGCGAGGUUGAGAUGGAUGCUGUCGUGAUGGAAGGGCGUAACCUGAGGGCAGGGGGUGUCGCCUGUGUCCAGAACAUCAAAAACCCGUGCAUCCUGGCCAGAGAGGUGCUCGAGAAGACAGAGCAUGUUCUGCUGGUUGGCCCAGGAGCCAACAAGUUCGCUGACGAGUGCGGCAUUCCGACGGUGCAAGCUGACUCGUUGAUCACAGACACUGCCAGAGCUGAGCUGGAACACUUCAAGAAGUACAAAACAACCAUCAAUGUCCUCUUUAACAAUAGAAACGUCCCCCAGGGCCACGACACAGUGGGGGCAGUGGCAGUGGACAAGACUGGCUGUGUAGCGUUCUGCACCUCUACUGGGGGCAUCACGGCCAAGAGACCCGGUAGAGUUGGGGACACGUCUAUAGUAGGUGACUACCUAGUGACGUACCAUGUGGCACAUGUGCCCUCACUGAUACUCGAGCUUGACGUCGAUGUCAACCCUCCACCCACAACCGCACGUCAACUCCCUAUAUACCCUCUCCCUUCAGGCGUCCCCUGCCAGGAAGCGGCUGACCGUGGCCUGGAGUAUAUGACUGAGCGAGUGGGCAGCGCUGGUGGUGUGGUGGUGGUCAGUUCCCAGGGUGACAUCGGCUUCUCCUUCACCACAGACAGGAUGGCGUGGGCGUGGGCAAGGGGAGGGGAGCUACACUAUGGCUUGGAUGCCGGACAGCACGUAGUUGCCAGUCUAUAGACACUUGGUUUGGCUGUACUUACCUGUGUUUUCCAAUUUAUCCCACACUAAAAUAUAUAUGUAUAAUAUUAAAUAUGUUAAUUAUUUUGUUAUAAUUCAUCAAUGGUGUGUUAUAUAAACUGUUGAUUGAUACGCAUACGCAUUAGAUUGAAUGAACUGGCCACAGGCUUCUUGUGCUCAACUCUAGUAAAGACAUGACAAAGCUGA